AGGGAGGGAGGGAGGCAGGGAUAUAGGGAGAAGGAGGGAAAAAGGGAGGAUUGACUAAGGAGAGCAUUUAGUAGACACACUCCUUCACUCAGUCACUCUCCCCUAGCUGGUGACGUCCACCACUGCAAACAUUUGCUGCCUGCCAGACCCCCUCCUUUCAGUCACGAUGACCCGCACCCUCUGCUUGAGCUCCCUCCUGCUCCUCGUCCUCCUCGCUCUGCUGUCCCUCUCCUGUCCCGCUCGUGCUGAACCUCGACGGGGCACGACGUCCUCUCACCGCAGGGCGGCUCGCGCGCCAGCCGCCAAGGUGCGUUUGGCGGGAAACUACGCGCGAGAACCGCACGAAGGGCGAGUGGAGGUGCUGCACAACAACACCUGGGGGACCAUCUGCGAUGAUGAAGUGGACAUCAAACUGGCCAACGUGGUGUGCAGAGAGCUGGGUUUCCGGGGUGGUAUAACCUGGGCACACAGCGCAAAGUAUGGAGAAGGAGCGGGCCCAAUAUGGAUGGAUAAUGUACGCUGUGAUGGCACAGAGAAGUCCUUGAAGGACUGCAAACACAACGGCUGGGGGGUCAAUGACUGUAAACACUCUGAAGACUUGGGGGUGGUGUGCACCACUGAGCGUAGGCUGGAUCAGACGGCCAGCAGAGGCUACACCACCGCCUCCAGGCCCAAUGGCAGCCCCGCACCUCAGUGGCAGGGUCCUGUGACCUCCCGUGGGCCAGGAUAUGGCUAUUAUGGUAACGGACAUCCACAUGAGAUCCCCAGGUUCCAAAGACACCACCACUACCAGGGUCAGAGUAAGGUGCAAAUUGAAGAGGUCCGUCUUCGUCCUAUCCUCAUGGCUACUAAGAGGAAGAGUCUGGUCUCAGAGGGUGUGGUGGAAGUGAAGCAUGCUGGGAGAUGGAGGCAGGUUUGUGACCUGGGUUGGAGUCUCAACAGCAGCCGGGUUGUGUGUGGGAUGCUCGGCUUUCCAGAGGCGACUAAGCACAAUGUCAAAACAUACAAGAAAAUUUGGGAUACUAAGGUUGUAGAUCCAUCAACAAGACUGAGCCUCAUGGCAAGGAAGAAAGGAUUCUGGGUAGAAAAGGUUCACUGUAUGGGCACUGAAAACACCCUGUCAGAGUGCCUUGCUCAGCUGUCAAUCCCCCGUAGUCCCACCCCUUGUAAGAACGGGAGACAUGCAGUGGUUAAGUGUGUACCAGGACCUCAAUUUGCUCGCAUCUCCUCAGGAAGACCCCAGGCCCCUUAUCCAGUUGUGCCUGUGCGUCUGAAGGCUGGUCCCAGGCUGGGUGAGGGUCGCGUAGAGGUGCUCAGAGACGGAAAAUGGGGGACGAUUGUGGACCACAUGUGGGACAGAACUGCAGCCAGUGUGGUGUGCAGAGAACUGGGCUUCGGUACAGCCAAGGAUGCCCUAAAUGGAGCCUUUAUGGGCCAAGGUACAGGACCUAUCCAUAUGAACACUGUCCAGUGUAUGGGAUCAGAGCGCUCCAUCCUAGACUGCUACUUCCAGGAAGUCCAGCCAUGGACAUUCAAACACAGCCAGGACGCCUCAGUACGCUGUAACAUCCCUAAGACUGGCAUAGAGAACACGGUGCGGCUUGCUGGUGGUAGAGUCCCAUCAGAAGGCCGUGUGGAGGUGUUAAUGGAGGUUGGGGGUCGUAAGCGUUGGGGCACUGUCUGUAGUGAGAACUGGGGCAUUAACGAGGCUAUGGUGGUAUGCAGACAGCUUGGCCUGGGCUUUGCUGCCAGUGCUCAUCAGGAGACCUGGUACUGGUCUGGUGAGCCAAAUGCAGCUGAGGUGAUUCUCAGUGGAACUCACUGUGUGGGCACAGAGCUUUCAGUCCAACACUGUCGACGCAACAACCAUGUCCAUUGUCCACGAGGAGGUGGAAACAAGGCAGCGGGAGUCACCUGUUCAGAUACGGCACCUGACCUCGUUCUGGAUGCGCAGCUGGUCCAGGAGACAGCCUACCUGGAAGACCGACCCCUCCACCUGCUGACCUGUGCCAAUGAAGAAAACUGUCUGUCCUCGUCUGCUGCCAGGAUGAACUGGCCUUAUGGCCACCGACGCCUGCUGCGCUUCUCCUCCCGCAUCAUGAACCUGGGUCGGUCCGAUUUCAGACCCAAAGCGACAAGGGAGAGCUGGACAUGGCACCAGUGUCACAGGCACUAUCACAGUAUCGAGGUGUUCACACAUUACGACCUGCUGACUCUGAACGGCACAAGGAUUGCAGAGGGACACAAGGCCAGUUUCUGUCUGGAGGACACGUACUGCCCUGAUGGACUCCAGAAACGGUUCUCCUGCUAUAACAUGGGUGAUCAGGGUAUCUCUGUGGGCUGCUGGGAUACGUAUCGCCAUGAUAUCGACUGUCAGUGGAUUGACGUGACAGAUGUACGACCUGGAGACUACAUCUUCCAGGUGGAAGUCAACCCCGCAAUGGACAUGGCUGAGUCUGACUUUAUGAACAAUGUCAUGAGAUGUCGGUGCAGAUAUGAUGGCCACAGAGUUUACAUGUAUGGAUGUCAUGCAGGAGAUGCAUACAGUGCGGAGACUGAAGACCUGUUUGAGCACCAGAGGCAAAUCACCAACAACUUUGUGUAGCCCAUCCCAGGGCCCAGUACGAAGGCCUUCCGAUGGGGCCCGGAGACUACUCAGGGUGGGCUGAGGUUGAUGGCCCUCUGGACCCUAGCACCCACAAUAACACACAAAAUUGCACCUGUUCAUCUCCUUGGCAUAUGUGGAUAAAAUGUUCAUCAGCACAUCAUAUCACAGCAGUGACCAUUGUCACUGGAGAGUGGAAAAGAUGCCAGACAGCUCAACAUGUUUUUUUUACUCUAGUUAAGUAAAAAGAUAUUGGAUAAUGAUUCAAACUAUACUGAUUUUUGUGAAUGUGGAGGACUAGUAACUUAAGUUAGUUAUUCAUAUACGCAUGAAAGAUCUUAAUGUCGCUAUAACUAAACUGUCGCAGAGACAACAGGGAAGCCGAUGCUGUUGGGAAAUCUCAUUCCCAAACUAGAAUAUAUGAAAAUCUGAGAAAAAAAAUAUUGUGAGUUUGUGUAAUUUCUGUCGCAAAAGACUGAUUUCAUGCACAUGUAGCAAAAAAGUACUAUGAUUGGCUCUGUUGGCUUUAUUUCAACCAACUUCUUUACUUAUUGAAUCAUUUGUAACUGUUGCGCAUUUACAUUACUUAAAUAUUGGUGCUCUUUAACAAUACUGUAUGUCGUUAUAUUAACCUCAAUAUGUUUCAGGUGAACAGUGUUGUACAAUGCAUUUUGUGUAGUUUUCUUUUACAGUUGCAAACAAAAACAAAAGUUAAUUAUGUGCUUUAUCAUCGCUUUGGUUUUAACAAAAUUAUUGUUUUAUAAAAGAGUAGUCAUGCUAAAGUUUU